AUGACAAAUUCGCGGAUCUUACGGGCAUGCGGCAAGAUAGAACAGUAUUCGACAUCUCGUCACUCACUUGGUAUUUACCGAUGCGUGUGCAACACAUGUCGAUACGAAGCCUCUGAACCUCUGGACCAACAGGUUUGGAAGGCAUGGAUUUCCGAGGCUAUUGUUUCAAUCAUCGAUAGCCAGCCGUUUCUUCGCGUUGGAAUCGCAGGCGAGGACACAAAUAGUCCCAAUUUCGUGCAUGUUACUUCAAUAGACCUGGACAACCAUGUGAGCUGGCGUACCGACACUUCCAAAGAGGGCCAAGACACCACGCUUCUCAGCGCCGUUGAGGAAAGGCACAACUCCCUCUGGCCCGAUAUCUCGAAUCGACCCCCGUGGAGUGUUACUAUUCUGGGUGGUGAGGGAAACCCCCAGUAUGUAGACGUCAUCUUCUCCUGGCACCAUGCAAUCGGGGAUGGUUUGAGCGGCCAGAUGGUCCAGAAGGCACUCCUUCAGGCCUUGAGGGAGACCAAGAUCCCCGCUGCCACAGAGCCAGCUAGAUCGUCCAUCCUCCGCUAUCCCGAGCGUCCUGUCCUCCCGCCGCCUCAGGAAGAAGCUGUCAACCUCUCCAUCGGUUGGUGGUAUAUGCUCAAGACUCUGUGGGCAGAGUUCCGCCCGGCUUUCCUAGCACCAACGCCCGUGACGCCCUGGGGCGGAGAACUGAUCAACCUCGAGCGACCGUACAAGACGAACGUUCGGCUAGUGACCAUCGACAACGAGACAAGAAAUGGCCUGAUCACACUAUGCCGUAUGCACGGCACAACGCUUACAGGUCUCAUCCAGGUCCUUAUCCUAGCCUCCUUCGCGCGCCAGUUACCAUCCGAAAAGUCCUUCACGGCACAAACACCCAUGUCUCUCCGUCCAUACGCGUCUACCGAGGGCUUCGACCUUUCGAAAACAAUGCUUGUGCUCGUAACUAGCCUGCAUCACCGCUUCACCCCAGUAAUCGUCAGCGAACUGCAAUCUCUGCUGUCCUCAUCGCCAAGCGAGGGGGAUACUUCUCUGGAAGACAAGAUCUGGGAGCUUGCCGCAAGCAUCAAGGGCGAACUCAAACGGAAAGCUGAUGAGCUACCGGCCAACGACAUUAUGGGCCUGCUUCAGUGGGUAUCGAACUGGCACGAGCGAUUGAAGAAGGCGGAUGGCACACCUCGCGACACGACGUGGGAGGUCAGUAACGUGGGAAUCAUUGGAGAUGAAGGGGUUGCUGGCAAGGAUGUCGUGAGGAUCUCGCGGCAAGUUUUUAGCCAGUCUGCCAUCAUGACGGGCCCUGCAAUGUGCGCCAGCGUCGCUGGGUGCCAGAGCUCUGGUUCUGUCUCAAUUAGUCUGAGUUGGCAAGAGGGGGUACUGGAUCAUAAUCUCGUUGAGGGUAUCAAGGAAGACUUGGAGGCGUGGAUGCGGAACUUAGGAACAUCAGGAAAGCUGCGGUAA